AUGUCGGGUCUCGGUGGUGAUUUCGCCGUGGAAUUUGCGAGAGAGACAUGGGCUCUCUACGCUGUUGGCGUGUUAGGCGCUGUUCUUCGAUACAUGGCCCGUGUUAGGCGAUUGGGUGUUCGCAACCUCCAAGCCGACGACUAUCUCAUGUUGAAUGCUGUGCUUUGGUAUACUAUUCUUUGUGUCGCUUUAAACCAAGUAGCGUCAGGUGGAGGUUCGAACUUGAUGACCCAGGAGCAAAUUGAUAAUUUGACGCCUACAAUCCAUGCCGACCGGGUUAAGGGCAGCAAAUGGGUGUUUGUGUCUGAACAUGCUUUCAUUCUCUGCGUCUGGAGUCUGAAGGCGUGUAUGUUGGUGAUUUAUGCCCGUAUCACGGAAGGAUUGAAGCAGCGAAAAUGGAUCAACUACAUCGCCAUCUACGUGGUCAUUGGAUUUAUCGGUACUGAACUUUCUCUAUUCUUGAUCUGUCGCCCAUUAUCAAGCUAUUGGGCGGUUCCCACCACAAAUUACCAAUGUUCCUCAUAUCAAUAUUAUGAAAUUGUUCAAGGAUGUCUGUCCAUCUCAGCCGACAUCUUCAUGUUGCUCGUCGCCAUCCCAAUGAUGGUUCAGGUCCGCGUCCCACUGAAGCAGAAAUUGAUCCUCAUCAUACUCUUCGGCAUGGGUGUUUUCGUCAUCGUCGCCGCCAUCCUGAACAAGAUCUACUGCUUGGUCCCCUCACUCAUCUCCUAUGUCUACAUGAACUGGUACUUCCGCGAAGCCACAGUGGCGAUCUUAGUGACAAACUUGCCACUCGUCUGGUCCCUCCUCCGAGACGUCUUCCCCGCCCUGAAGAGCUGGACCGGAGGAUCGAAGAGAGGAACCGAUCGGUACAAGUCGCAGCCGUGGACCAACAGCAAGAAUUCUCGACCCUAUGGACCCUCCAGCCAGCUCCGCUCUGGAGACGACUUUAAUAUGAUUGAAUUCCACACCGCAUCAGUCACCCCGACCAAGGGUGGUCCCGAAGUCUCUGAUCUCAGCUUGCAGGCCAGUGAGGGGGGCGAUGUGAGCAGCGACGACGGAUCAGCGCGCGCGCUACGGAUCCGUCAGGAUAUUACCGUCACUGUGCAACAUGAUUCGAGACCACCAGACUACGAAUCCAGCGGUUCCCACAUUGUCCAUGGACGUGAGAGUGUUUAA